CAGUACAUAUGACAUAUCAUCCUCGUUUCAAAUAAUUUCUCCCUCUCUCUCUCUGUCUCUCUCUCUCCUUUAACUUCCUCCACCGUGUGCCGCCUAAGACGACCUUCGUAAGCAGUGACGGAAAGGGAAACCACCACUUCUCUUUGGGAAGGAAACAAAUAAGUCCUACAAAAAGGGCAAAGUAAUUAAAAAAGAACUUCCGGAGGAGUUCUUCAGUUCAUCUUAGUAAAUAAAAUAACCAUGGCGGAGCCUCAGAAUCCUUCACCAUUCACACAUUCUUCAGCUUCGGAAAUCGCACCACAACCACAACCUCUGCCACCUCCUCCCAAACGGAAGCGAAACCUCCCUGGAAUGCCAGAUCCAGAUGCUGAAGUGAUUGCUUUGUCACCGAAGACACUGAUGGCCACGAACCGUUUCGUCUGCGAGAUCUGUAACAAAGGGUUCCAGCGCGAUCAGAACCUGCAGCUUCACCGGCGCGGUCACAACUUGCCGUGGAAGCUGCGGCAGCGGGGGAGCAAGGAACCGCGGAAGAAAGCGUACGUGUGCCCCGAGCCUUCGUGCGUCCACCACAACCCCGCUAGGGCGCUCGGCGACCUCACCGGCAUCAAGAAGCACUUCUGCAGAAAACACGGCGAGAAAAAGUGGAAAUGCGAACGCUGCUCUAAGAAAUACGCUGUACAGUCGGACUGGAAAGCCCAUACGAAAACCUGUGGCAGCAGAGAGUACCGAUGCGACUGCGGCACCUUGUUCUCUAGGAGGGAUAGUUUCAUCACGCACAGAGCAUUCUGCGAUGUAUUAGCGCAAGAGAGCGCCAGGACCAAUGUCCAAGCCCAGGCCCAGGCCCAGGUCCAGAAUGUUAGCAGUAGCAACGCUGAUGUGGCUUCUUCGCCCCCUGCGCCUCCACUUACUCCCUCUGCGUCUGUGGUGUCUCCAACCUUGUCCAUUCAGAGCUCAGAAAUUCCAGAAAACCCAAGGAAGCUGUCACCGAUGUCUCCAAAAGCAACGUGCUUCGUGACAAGCAGCACCCCUUCCAGCUCCAGUUCUUGCACCACUGUUUUCGCAAGUGUGUUGGCACCGUCCACAACGACAACUCAGUCACAGUCUCAAUCACCGUCACCAUCAACUUCCUCAUUCUUCAACCUCAUGUCAAGUUUGGCUCGCUCCGAUAACCCUAACGCCAUCACUAAUCUGAGAGAACCCACAUCCCUCUCCCUGUCCUCACCACUAUAUCUCUCCAACAACGACCCUUCCCACUUCACAGCAUCUCAACCUGCACUAUCUGCCACUGCAUUGCUCCAAAAAGCAGCUCAAAUGGGUGCAUCCAGUGCUUCCCUUCUUCGUGGCCUAGGCUUAGCAACGACAUCACCAUCAUCCAUGGGGAAAGACGAGGGUUUUAACAUGAAUGCAACCGCAACAGCACAAUGGAACGGCCAAGUAAAGCAAGAGAACCAGCCCGUGGUGGAUAACCUUGGGCUUGGGCUUCCCUGUGGGAGUGAUGUGAUGCUGGGCCCUUCUACCCCAUUCGUGGGCCAGCCAGUGACCCGUGAUCUUCUCGGUCUUAGCAUCGGUGGCGGAGCAAGCAGGGGUGGUCUCUCUGCUUUGGUCACGUCUUUCGGAGGGAACUUUGAUUCACCCGGUGAUGGAGGAGUUCACCGGUAGAAAACUGGGAAGAACUGCAUAGUCUGAGUGUGUGCUUGUUUUAUCCUCCGACGGAAAACAAACACACACAACCUUAAUUAGUUGCAUCUGCUUAACGAAACGGUUCGGUCUUUCUUGCCACGCCCGGAAUUUUUGUGACGGGUUAAUCAGCCAAACUCUGUUGGCAAUCAGAAAACGAUAGAAUAAAGUUACUUGUAUAAUGCAUUAGAAUCUAUCUUUGCAAUAUUUAUAUGUAUAAAUGUCUUCUCACUUUUUCUUUUCUCUAGCAAGUGUGCUCAUGCUGUCGUCAAAAUGUAGAUAUGGCCAGAUGGCCACUGUAAUCUUAUUUUUGAGAAAUGAUGUUUUGAUAACCUAUAAAA